UCUUUUAUACCUGUGGAGCGCGUGAACAGCAAGACACAGCUAGCAGCGCUUUACACAGUGCUGAUCAUCAAUUUGACUUCUAGUUCUCGUCGGUAUUCUUCUUCUCUUAUUGUUCUUAUUUCUAAGAUUCCCAGUCACGGGAAUAUUUUUUGCUUUUGGAGUAACAUUGACCAAAACCCCAUUUUGUAGAUGAUGCUCAUGAACACCCGCCGCGGGUCAUAGAGUAAGAAGAGGUGAGCUGAUCUUUUACUUAGGAACAGUUUAUUUACGACUAGUUUAUAGGCCUACGUUUAGUUACUUUUUCUGAUUUUUACUUAAAAACUCAAAAGCCCACGCACGUGCUCCUCACGUGAGAAGGCGCGCAUGAUGAGACUGAGGCACGAAACUGAGCUGCUCUGAAGAACAAAACUGACUGAACACCUCAAACAUCAUGGAGUUCUCACUGGCUCAUCCGGCUGUGAAAGCAUUCAUGUGUGGCUCUCUGAGCGGGACGUGCUCCACGCUGCUCUUCCAGCCUCUGGACCUGGUGAAGACGCGUCUGCAGACCCUACAGAACGGCGUCCAGCCCGGGUCGGGUCGGGUUGGCAUGGUCACAGUCUUUGUAAGUGUCCUGCGGACGGAGAAGCUCCUCGGAUUAUGGAGAGGCGCUUCGCCUUCGUUUGUGCGCUGUAUUCCAGGAGUCGGCAUCUACUUCAGCACAUAUUUCACUCUAAAGCAGCACUUUUUCGCAAAUGGGGCCCCGGGGCCCUUACAGGCCAUACUGCUGGGAGCCGGAGCCAGAUGUGUCGCAGGAGUCUGCAUGCUGCCCGUCACCGUCAUCAAAACACGCUUCGAGAGCGGCCGCUAUAAGUACAGCAGUGUGUUAGGAGCGCUGCGGUGUGUGUGUCGGAUGGAGGGACCGAAGGCUCUGUUCUCAGGUCUGACGGCCACGCUGCUCAGAGAUGCACCGUUUUCUGGGAUUUACGUCAUGAUCUACAGCCAGGCCAAAUACACGCUGCCACCAGAGAUCAGUCAGUCGUCUUACGCUCCGCUAGCAAACUUCAGCUGUGGUAUUCUGGCCGGUGUUCUGGCCUCUAUUGUAACCCAGCCGGCAGAUGUAGUGAAAACUCAUGUUCAAGUGAGUCCAGACAUCUUCUGCAGGACAUCAGAUGUGAUUCGAUACAUUUACAAGGAGCACGGUUUGGUGGGGUUUUUCCGUGGUGCGGUUCCUCGCUCUCUCAGGAGAACCAUGAUGGCGGCGAUGGCGUGGACGGUGUACGAGCAGCUGAUGGCUCAGAUGGGCCUCAAAUCCUGAGACUGAUCAAAACUACAUCACACACUGAACGAGAUCUUCACACGGGACGUUUCUUUGACUGUGAUCCACACAGUUCCCCGAACUUUUUAUUCUCAAUUUACUGAAGUGAGAAUCAUGCUUUAAACCAGUGGUCUCAAACUCAAUUCUUGUAAUCCUGAAGACCUUGGAUUACACACAUUAGCUGGAUCAGG